AGAUCCUAUGCAGCAGGUCUCUUGAAGAUUAUAACUAAGCAGGUGCCGACGAUGGAAGACUUCUCCUGUCUAUCCCAUGCUCUGGACACAUACCUCCACAGCAGACCACUUCUGCAGCCAUUGUGGGGCUACCUGAGGCUUCAUUAUUCUGAUACUCUUAGGUCUCCACUCUUUCCUGUAGUCCUUACCGUGUUAUGCUACCUUAUCUUCUGCAUGCCUUACCUUGUUUUCAACAUCAUGGGCAGAAGGUGGCCUUUUAUUCACAAAUAUAAAAUCCAACAGGACAGGAAUCCAACUGGACCAAUGAUUAUCCAUUGCCUCGGAGUGACUUUAUACAACCACCUGUUCUUUAUCUUCCCAGCUGCAGUUGCCCAGUGGUACUGGAGGCCUCCUUGUCCAUUGCCAGAAGAGGCUCCAAGCGUUUUGGAUGUAAUGUUUGGUGUGACGGCGAGCCUUCUGCUAUUUGAUUUUCAAUAUUUUAUUUGGCACAUGAUCCAUCACAAGAACAGGUGGCUAUACAAAACAUUCCAUGCCAUUCAUCAUGAGUACAUGGCUCCUUUUUCCUUAGCCACACAGUGUCUUGGAGGCUGGGAACUCAUAACUGUUGGAUUGUGGACCACAAUGAACCCUAUAAUCUUCAGGUGCCAUAUUCUCACAACAUGGUUAUUUAUGGUAUUUCAUGUAUAUGUGUCUGUGGAAGACCAUUGUGGUUACGAUUUUCCCUGGUCCACCUCACGUCUGAUACCAUUUGGGAUCUACGGGGGACCAAUAAAACAUGACUUACAUCACCAGAAACCCAUGAGCAAUUAUGCUCCCCACUUUACACAUUGGGACAAAAUAUUUGGCACACAUGCAGACUUCACUUCCAUCAAGGGCAUACUAGAGGUUGAUACCCCGAAUAAAACUUGCUGCGCCAGUACACAGGAAGAUAACCUUUAUGAUGAAAGUGUCUCACCAACAGAUAGGGUUGCUGAAGAAAGGAGCAAUUAA